AUGGACCUCUACAACUUUACGAUGGUGACUCGGUUUAUUCUCCUUAGACUCUCUGACCACCCUGAGAUGCAAUACCCCCUCUUUGUGGCAUUUUUCAUCGUCUAUCAGACCACCUUUGUGUGUAACGGGACCAUAAUCCUGGCCAUUACUAUAGAGCAAAAGCUUCACACUCCCAUGUACUUCCUUUUAGCAAAUCUGUCCCUGUUAGACAUAUUUUGUCCUUCAACUACAGUUCCCAAGAUGCUCCAGAACCUCUUGACGGAGGACCACAGCAUUUCUUUUGUUGGGUGUGCCUUACAGCUUUAUUUCCUUGUGGCCCUAGCUGGGACUGAGGUCUUCCUGCUCGCUGUCAUGGCUUAUGACCGGUAUGUGGCGAUAUGUUUUCCCCUACGUUAUUCCCUUAUCAUGAGCCAUGUUCUAUGUGCUCAGUUAUUGACUGGAACUUGGAUAGCUGGUUUUCUUCACUCUCUUCUCCACACAGUGACCACGUUCAGCCUGUCUUUCUGCAAGUCUAAUCAAGUUAGCCAGUACUACUGUGAUAUCCCGUCAGUGGCGGCUCUGUCUUGUUCUUCUACUUACCUGGAAGAAAUGCUAGUUUUAGUGAUAGGAGGUAUCUUUGCAACUACUGCCUUCUUGAUUACCUUGAUCUCCUAUACAUACAUCAUUUCCACCAUUCUGAAGAUCCAAUCAGCAGAAGGGAAGCGCAAAGCCUUCUCCACAUGUGCCUCCCACAUAAUUGUGGUUAGCUUGUUCUAUGGCACUGUUAUCUUUACCUACCUCCGCCCCUCCUCCAGUAAACAUUCCCCUGCCAGAGACAGACUCAUCUCCUUGCUGUAUGGUGUAAUCACUCCAAUGUUAAAUCCUAUCAUCUACAGCCUGAGAAACACAGAGGUUAAAGUAGCCCUCAAAAGGUUGUUAUGUUGCUGA